AUGACUUCAGAGACCACUUAUGCUGAAUUGAGUUUCAAAAAUGAAUCCAAGUCCUCAGGCACCAAAGAAAGGCCUCCUACAGCUCCCAAAGAGAAGACCAGCCUGAACAAAAGUAAUCCCAGUUUUCCCAAGCUACUUUUUGCCUCAUUGCUGGUGCUUCUGCUGCUAUUGGCAAUCUCAUUUUUUAUCGCUUUUAUCAUUUUCUUCCAAAAAUAUUCUCAGCUUCUUAAAGAAAAAAAGACUGCAAAAGAGCUCCCUCACACGGAAUUGGAAUGCCUGAAAGAGAAUGUGACCAUGGAAGGGAAAGAUUGGAGCUGCUGCCCAAAGGAUUGGAAGCCAUUUAGUUCCAACUGCUACUUUAUUUCUAAUACAAUAAGAAAUUGGACGGAGAGUGAGAAGAACUGCUCAGCAAUGAAGGCUCACCUGCUGGUGAUCAAAACCAAGGACGAGCAGGAUUUUAUCAUCCAGAACGUGGAUAUGUCUUCUGCUUAUUAUAUAGGGCUGUCAGACCCAAAGGGAAAAAGAGAUUGGCAAUGGGUUGAUCAGACACCCUACAAUGAAAGUGUCACAUUUUGGCACUCAAGUGAACCCAGUAAUCUUAAUGAGCGUUGUGUUAUAUUACAUUUUCGUCAUCUACUGAGAGAAUGGGGCUGGAAUGAUGUUCUUUGUAAUGAAGAUCACAAGUCACUUUGCAAGAUGACGAAGAUCUACUUAUGAAUGGGACAUUCUGCAUGAACAUGUGGUUGAAUUGGAACCCGCCAUUUAUAGAGAUAGCUAAUUUGCUCUUUUUAUUCAUGUGUAAAUCUUGUGGAAGGAAGCUCCAUAGAAGUUUUCCA